AGUUUUGUUUCUCUUUCUGUAAAAUGUAGAAUGUUCUUCUUCUCUCCGCCAUGACCGCAACUUCAGGCUCCGGACUCCUCUAGUUUUGAAAGAGAAAUAAUCAUACCAUCGUCAUUUUCUCAAAUGGAUAUAAAGAAAGGGAAUACCGACUGUGUUUAUUUCUUAGCAUCGCCUCUCACCUGCAAAAAGGGGAUGGAGUGUGAGUUUCGGCAUAGUGAGGUAGCGAGGCUUAAUCCGAGGGAUUGUUAUUACUGGUUGGCUGGAAAUUGCUUAAAUCCCACCUGUUCUUUUCGACAUCCACCUUUAGAACGACCUGAGACAACGUCCGAGCCUGCUACUGUGCCACAACAGUCAUCCUUGCCUGCUACUGUGCCACAGCAAUCAUCCUUGCCUGCUACUGUGCCACAACAUUCAUCCGUGCUUGUUAACAAAGUCAGUGUGCCGUGUUAUUUCUACUUUAACGGGUUUUGUAACAAGGGUGAUAAAUGCACUUUCAUGCAUGGUCCAAACGAUGUUUCAGCUACUCGCAAAGUACCGAAGAAAACUCCAGUAGUUAACAUCCAUCCUCCAGAAACUAAGAUGUAUACAGAAAGUAUUAAAGUACAACCUGCAAUUGAAGCUCCAUCUAAUCCAGUUAGAUGUAUUACAUCAAAAUCAGCUGUGAAGGUGCAGUUUCGACCUCAAGAAGUUGCCCCACAACCAGUUAAAAGUAAAGUAUUGGAGCGAAGCCUGUCUCUACAGGCAUCAUUGCCAGGUAAUGAAGAGGAACCUAUCAAGUCCGAUACCCCAUGUUCAGCAGAAGAUGUUAGUGAACAAAGUCCUAGCCCUGAACAAAAAAGCUCAGAGGAGCAAGUUGAGGAGGAACACAUUGAACGAGAAGAGUGGUGGGAGUCAUCCCCAGGUUUGGAUGUACUGGUGGACAAUGGGCUGGGGGAGUACGAGGAUGACCAUGAGUAUGUACCAGUACACGAUAGAGAAGCUGUCAGACUCCAUGACCAUAUACUUCAGCGCGAGUACAAGGAUUCAGUUGGAUAUGAUCCUAUGGAGUACACAGGAGGAGAAGUUAUGUAUGUAUGUUAGUGGAAUACCUGACGUGUAUGUUGACUUGGAUGAAGAAAAGAUGUUUGAUUAUUCUUGUGGUGCCUCCAAGCAUUUGAUGGACAGGGAUUUGGAUCGUGUACCAUAUGGAAUGAGAAAAAUCUUGCCUAGGAUAGUGGAAGUUAAGGGCAGAAAUGACAUGGAUCUUCGGGAUGAACUAAGGAGACGUAAGAGGCUUGAAGGUUAUCAACCGUACCGCAAUCCUAGAAGGUAUGGCCCAACUAGUCUGGAAAUAAAAAGCAAAGAGCACCCUAGACUGCAUAGCAUGAGUCAUAGGACGGUUGGGUAUGGUAGUCAAGACUGUGACAUAAGUGGUGUCGACAGAAGAAGCUUACUGAGCCUGUCAGAAACUCGUCGAAAUAACUCAAGGCAACAUGAGAAUGAAAACCGGCGCAGACCACAUCUUAUUCCAUCUGAGGCUUCCCCCAAGGUCCCUAUUAAUAGGAAAAAGAGAGGCCGACCUGAUACUACUACUCCCGACUUGUUUACAGGGCCAAAGAGCUUAGCACAGAUUAAAGAGGAGAAAAUGAAACCUAUGGAGGCUGGAAGAGGAAAGAGGUUUGGGAGCAAAAGGCAUCGAGUCACUAAAACAAGGUCAUUGGUGGGGGACUUUGAAGGGCCAAAACCCCUAAAUGAGAUACUCAAGGAGAAAAAGAUGUUGGGUUCGGUAAAUGACAGUAGUAAUAAUCCAAGGUCAAAGCAAGAAACUAAUCAUCACGAUGGUGAUGAGAGAAGGGAUGAGGAAUUUGUUGAGAAAAAUUGGAUCGGAUCGGUGAUUGACGAAGAUGAAGAAGAUGGUUAUGAAGAUUAUUACGACGGCGAUGAUGGUGGAUUCGAGGAGAAGUUGGCUAACAUAUACUCUUGAGCAGCAGGUUGUGCAGGUGCUGCUGCAACAAACUCAUUUACACUUGGAAGAUGAUUUUUAACUGAUAAUAGAUGAUCGAAAGACUUUUUUUUGGAAGGAAUGCUGGGAGUUGUUUGUUGGGGUUUGACGAUUGAUUGACUUUACUAUCAUGCUGUAUAGGGGAAGAUCUUAUGAUGGUGAGCCGAUGAGUUUCUGGAAUUUGCUGUUUUUCACUCUUGCGGUGUUCUUUCUAUUAUUGUUAAAAUUUCUCAUUAAUCGCCACAUUACAAAAUUUAGAAUAGAAAAAUGUCUUUCAAUAGCUAUGUACGUGGAAGCUCUGACAUUCCCAAUUUUCUCUCUAACAAGGAGUAAUUCUAGA